GCAUGCGCGCCUCCAUCAUCACUUCCGCUGUUGAAACAAAAUGGGUGGCGCCAAAGCUUGACAACAAAGCGGCUGUUUGCUGCCUCCCUGUAACGGACAGUCAGCCUCCUCUCUGUAAACAAAACCUCUGCCGUGUGUAAGUUUUUUUUUUCUCUCCACAUCAAGACAUUUCGGAGUUAAACGAAGGUUUAAAGAGAAGUUUGAACCGACAGUUGGAAAGUUUUCCGUUAACUGUUACAAAUGUCAACAUGGCUUCGAAGACAGACCAACUUCUCAUCGUUGUGUCCAUCCUGGAAGGUCGUCACUUCCCGAAGAGUCCCCGGCUGAGCCUCGUGGUCCAGGCGAGCUUUGACGGCGAGCAGCUGGCCACAGACCCGGUGGAGCACAGAGAUCAGCCGCAGUUCAGCACCGAGCUGGCCUGGGAGCUGGACCGCAGGACGCUGCACCAACACAGGCUGCAGAGAACUCCCAUCAAGCUUCAGUGUUUUGCUGUCGACUCUGUCAGCAACAGGAAAGAGAGCGUCGGCUACAUCGUCCUCGACCUCCGAUCGGUACAAGAGGUCAAACAGGAGCCUCGCUGGUAUCCGCUGCUGAGCAGUAAAUACACCAAACAGAGACCCGCCCUCCUCAUCGGCGUGAUGCUGGAGAACGACACCAAGCCCUCCGAACCCUCUCCUGAUAGGUUCAAAGCCAAGAAGGCCCCGCCUCGACAAGGCUCUCCAGCAGUAACCGAUCUUCUCCCAGACAAGCUGGAGGCUGUACUGGUCCCAGACCAGGGUUACCAUCAGGUGGGACCUGCAGAUCACUGCACUGACAUGUUCGUCCUGUCCGUCACCGUGGCGUUCGCUACCAAACUAGAACAGCUGAUCCCCAGCACCAUGAAACUGUCAGCAGAGGGCUCCGAGUUCUUCUUCUACUACUGUUUACUGGGGAACGACAUCACCAGCGAGCCUUUCCACAACCUGCUGAGCCCCGACUUUGAGCCGGAGCGCGCCUCUGUACGCAUCCGCAGCAGCAAACAGGUCCUCAACGCCUUCCUGGCUCAGCAGCCCAGUUUACAGAUCCACCUCUGCUGCGGGAAUCACUCUCUGGGCGGUACGGACGUCUCUCUCUCGGCUCUGUCGGCCGUUCCUGUGGAUCUGGAGAACAAGGCGGCGACGGUGGAGGGAGCGUUCGUACUCCAACCUCCCAAACGCAUCAAGCAGACGCUGCCGGCUCUUCCUGCGGACCUGCAGCCGACCGUCGGAGUGGCCGUCACCCUCCGGAGGGAGGAGGUCACACCGCAGGCUUUAGGGAAGAAAGAAGGAAGUGGAGCUAAGACACACUCCGUCCCUCCCUCUGUUCCUCCUGCUGAACCGAGACCUCGAAGCUCCUCUCCAGUCCGAAAACCUCCCGACGCCUCCUCUUCUCCUCUCGGUCCUCCUCUUCCUCCUCCUUCCUCUCACACAGAGAGCGAGGCAGAGAGUCUUCUGGAGGAGCUCCGACAUGCCAAACAGCAGGCGGGACUUGCAGCUGCAGAUCUGGACGUUCCUGCUCAGACUGAAGCAGCAGCAGCAGAAGGCGGAGCGUCAUCCGUCAGCGUCUCUGCUCCCAAAGUGUCCAUCCCGUCCUCCGCCCAUCACUACUGCUUCUCUCUGGACCUCCGCAGCCUCGGAAAACUCAGCCUGACGCAUCCCAUCGCUGCUACGCUCAGGUAUUCGUACCAGUUCUUCGGCAGUGCAGCUCCCAUCAUGACCAACCCUCCUGUGGAGCUGCAGAGGAACGUGGAGGUGUCUCUGCCUCAGUCCUACUGCGCCUUCGACUUCGCCGCUCUGCCGCAGCAACUACAGGACACCUUCCUCAGAGUUCCUCUGGUGGUGGAGGUUUGGCACAGAGACUCCAGCAUCGACCAGCUGAUAGGACGAGCCUCCAUCCAGCUGUCUCACCUGCUGAGCUGUGAGAGGAGCCGACUGCAGGGAUCGACAGGAGAGCAGAGCUGGAGACAAACUCACCAGGACCGGAUCCCCGUCGUCAGAGCACAGCGUCCCAGUGAGAAGGUGGCAGAGUUGAGCUACGUGGCGACGCUGGAGGACCUGGGAUUGGUUAAAGCCAGAGAGGUCAUCGUGUCCGACUCUUCACAGAACGAGGCCGCAGCACCCAGACCUGCUCCACCCAGCCCGCCCCCUGCACCGCCGGGCCCCGCCGCCCCCCCGACGGCCCCGACGGCCCCCAGAGACACUCUGGAGUAUCGCACGGCCCUGGAGCUGGAGCUGUGGAAGGAGGAGCAGGAGGAUCUGUUCGAUGAUCAGCUGAGGAAGAAGGAGUUGGUCCACAUGCAGGCGUUGGCAGAGGAGUGGAGGAGGAGAGACCGAGAGAGAGAAGCUCUGGUGAAGAAGAAGGAGGUGGAGUACAACCUGCUGGAGGAGCAGCUGCAGAAAACUCUGUCUGAUCUGGAGAAGAGAGAGAAACAGCUGGCAGAGGCCGAGCUAGAGACUCAGAGGCUGCAGCGGGAGCUUCGAGCUGAGCACGAUCUGACCCAGAAGGAGCUGCAGGAGAGCAGCAGGAGGCUGCAGCAGGAGUGUGACCACCGGGUGGCGCUGGAGAGAGACAAAGGCCGCCUGAUGGAGGAGGAGAGAGCGAGGCUGCUGCAGCAGAUUGCCGACGGUGAGUCUCGGUAUAAACAGUUGGAGAAAGAGUUUCAGCUCUACAGAGAACAACAAAACAUCCGACCUGAGUUCAGACUGCAGUCAGAGGUCAACCUGCUGACUCUGGAGAAGGUGGAGCUGGAGAGGAAGUUGGAGUCGACCACCAAGUCGAAGCUGCACUAUAAGCAGCAGUGGGGACGAGCUUUAAAAGAGCUGGCCAGGUUCAAACAGCGAGAGCAGGAAAACGCUAUGAUGCGUCUGAAGAAGCAGCAGGCGGAGCUUGAGGCCAUGAGGCUGCGUUACCUAGCAACAGAGGAAAAGGAGGCGGUGCGACAGGACCGUCAGGAGCUCGAUGACAUCAGGAACGAACUCAACAGGUUAAAGCAGCAGGAAGAUCGAUUAGGCCCCGCCUCCUCCUCCCCCUCUGUGUCUGGCCCCGCCCCCGGCGCGAGCUUGAGCGAGAGCGCUGAAGAACACCUGAGCCGCCUGCUGGAGGAGCGAGACACGCUGCUGAGGACCGGCGUUUACACGCACGAAGACCGAAUCAUCGCCGAGCUCAACAGACAGAUACAAGACGCCAUGACGCACCGAGGAGGACAACUCUGACCGCCGCCGCCGCCGCCGCCGUCCAAUCAGAGACAGACUCACUCGCUACCUGAGACGGCAGGUAAACAGAAUCAGUGCCAACGUUUUUAUAAAUUCACUUUUAGACGCAUGUUGGAAUAUUUGACCUGAAAUCUGAUUCAUAAGAAGAUAAAUGUGAACAAAACGUGCAAUUAGAAGCAGAAGAAGAAGCGGAUUCUCUUCUUCUAUCACUUCUAACCUGCACGUUCAUCAUCAGCUGACACCAACUUCCUGUUACAGAUUAGACUCCUGACAGCUUUUUAUUUGUUUAUGGAUUUGUAUAUUUAUGUUUGUUUGUGUUGUCAAAAUAUUUAAUGAUCCUCAGCAACGUUCUUCUUAAAGGACUCGUUUACAUUUUCUGCUGUAAUACAGUCGUCACACGUCGUCACACGUCGUCACGGUGUGGAUGUUGUUGUCGUUGUUCUGCUGGUACGAACAGGCGGCGAGAUGCUUCACAACACGACUACACUGUAAAAGAGUUCACGACUAAUGUUUAUUUUCCUCAUCGAUUUAUCUGCUGAUUACUUUAACAAUUAAUCAUUUUGUCUUUAAAAGGUCAACAA